GCUGUGGAGGAGAGGAUGCCAGAGCCUGUCAAAAAAGCAGUUUCAGCAUUUGCCAAGAAGCCAAAGACCCAGGAGGCGGAGGAGGGGUCCUCCGUGGUCUUUGAGGCCGAGACCGAGAAGCCCGACGCCAAAGUCAAAUGGCAGCGCAACUCACAGGACAUUGUCGGCGACAGCAGAUAUGCGAUCGCCGCUGACGGGAACAGGCACUCCCUCACCGUCAAAGCCGUCACCAGGGACGAUGCCGGUUCCUACGCCGUGAUAGCGGGAGGGUCAAAGGUCAAGUUUGAGCUGAAGGUCACAUCAAAACCAGAAGCCCCAGCUGAGGCGCCUGCUAGUGAACCCGGGACGGCAAAUGUAGAACCAGAACCAGAACCGGCCCCCGCCUCGUCUCCAGCGGCGCCUGCAGGCAAUGUACAGGAGGCUCCUCCAGCUGAGGACGGACAUGCUCCCGACACCAGACAGGACCUGACUGGACUCUUCACUGAGAAACCGCAGAGCGGGGAAGUCACUGUGGGUGAAAACAUCACGUUUGUGGCUAAAGUGAACGCCACGUCCCUGCUGAAGAAACCCACCGUUAAAUGGUUCAAAGGCAAGUGGAUGGACCUCGCCAGCAAGUCUGGAAAACACCUGCAGCUGAAGGAGUCGCACGACCGCAACACUAAGGUCCACACGUUCGAGAUGCACAUCAUCGCUGCCAAGGCAAACUUCGCCGGCGCCUACAGAUGCGAGGUUUCAUCCAAGGACAAGUUUGACAGCUGUAAUUUCAGCCUGACGGUACACGAGGCCUGUACCACCGAGAGUCUGGACAUCAGAGCCGCCUUCAGGCGCACGAACGAAGGCGGUAAGAAGAAAAGUGGACCAUCAACAAGCAGCACAGAUGGAAACGAGGACUCUGGAGAGCUGGACUUCAGCACCUUAUUGAAGAAGAGAGAAGCGGUGCAGGCGAACACGGACUCUGACGUGGACGUGUGGGACAUCCUGCACCGCGCGCCCGCCUCCGAAUACGAGAAGAUCGCCUUCCAGUACGGCAUCACGGACCUCCGGGGCAUGCUCAAGAGGCUGAAGAAGAUGAAGAAGGAGGAGAAGAAGAGCGAAGCCUUCCUCAAAAAGCUGGACCCGGCCUAUCAGGUGAACAAGGGACACAAGAUCAAACUUGCGGUUGAGGUUGCGAAUCCAGACGUGGAGGUGAAAUGGCUGAAGAACGGACAGGAGUUUCAACCGACUGGAAGGUUUCAAUUCAACCCUUGUUAUAAUAUAAUAAUUAUUAAUAUGAAACAUUCUACAAAGUCAGUAAUACAUAUUUCAUCUCUUUGUCUCUUUCUCUGUCUGAUCAUCACUAGCAAAUACAUAUUUGAGAGUGUUGGCAACAUGCGCUACCUGACCAUCAACCACUGCUCGCUGGCUGACGAUGCGGCGUAUUGCUGCGUGGUGGGAGAGGAGAAGUGCACCACCGAGCUCUUCGUGAAAGAGCCGCCGAUCCUGAUCGUGAAGAAUCUGGAGGAUCAAAUGGUCAUGAAGGGUGAAAGGGUGGAGCUGGAGUGUGAGGUCUCAGAAGAGGGAGCCAAUGUUAAAUGGGAGAAGGACGGCGUGGAGCUGACGAGAGACGAGUCCUUCAAGUACCGCUUCAAGAAGGACGGCUGCAAGCACGUUCUGAUGAUCAACGAGGCCUCGAAGGACGACUGCGGCCACUACAAGGUCAAAACCAACGGCGGCGAGUCCGUGGCGGAGGUGCUGGUGCAGGAGAAGCAGCUGGAGGUUUACCAGAGCAUCGCGGACCUGACGGUGAAGGCCAAGGACCAGGCCCUGUUCAAGUGUGAGGUGUCUGAUGAAAACGUGAGAGGGACCUGGUAUAAGAACGGCGUGGAGGUCAAGGCAGACGCCAGGAUAAACAUCACACACAUCGGCAGGAUCCACAAGCUGACUAUUGAUGAUGUGAAGCCUGAGGACGAAGGGGACUACACGUUCGUGCCGGACGGCCACGCCUUCAACCUUUCUGCCAAACUCAAUUUCCUUGAAGUGAAGAUCGAUUAUGUGCCACGUCAGGACCCUCCUAAGAUCCACCUGGACUGUAUGGGCCGCACCGCUGAGUCAACUAUCGUGGUGGUGGCUGGGAACAAGCUGCGUUUGGACGUCCCCAUCACCGGAGACCCGGCGCCCACCGUCAUCUGGACCAGAGCGGAGAAGGCUAGUUGUGUAAAACCAGAGGGGGAGGAGAAGGGGAGGCCAGCCACGUCUUGGACCGUAAAGGACGGGGACGUCGUCACAGAGGGGGACGGUCGGGUCCAUGUUGAGACCACCAAGGGCCACUGUGUGUUCACCAUCGAGGGGGCCGAGAGGCAGGACGAGGGCGUCUACUCCGUCGUGGUGCGAAACCCUGCAGGCGAAGACACUGCAGACAUUAAUGUGAAGGUUGUCGACGUUCCAGAUCCUCCUCAGAUUCCCAGAAUCCUCAGCGUGGGGGAGGACUCCUGUGUGGUCCAGUGGGACCCCCCUCUGUUUGACGGCGGGCAGCCAGUUAUCGGCUACGUGCUGGAGAGGAAGAAGAAGAAGAGCUACAGGUGGAUGAGGCUGAACUUUGACCCCUACCCUGAAACCACCUACGAAGCGAGGCGGAUGAUUGAGGGGGUGCCGUACGAGAUGCGCGUCUACGCCGUCAACAGCAUCGGCAUGUCGCGCCACAGCCCGGCCUCGCAGCCGUUCGUGCCCGUUGCUCCUACCAGCGAACCCACCGGACUGUGCGUCGACGACGUCAGCGACACCUCCGUCUCGCUGAGGUGGAGGCCGCCCGAGCGGGUCGGCGCCGCCGACCUGGAGGGUUACGGCGUCGAGUACUGCAAGGAAGGCACGGACGAAUGGAUUCCAGCCAUUCAGGGUUUGACCGAGAGGACGUCGCUGAUCGUCAGGGACCUCAGCACCGGAGACAAGCUGCAGUUCCGCGUGCGAGCCUACAACAUGGCGGGGCCCAGCGCGCCCGCUACCCUGGCCCAGCCCAUCACCAUCAGAGAGAUCAUGCAACGCCCCAAAAUCUGGCUUCCUAGAAAUCUCCGCCAGACUCUCAUCAAGAAAGUUGGAGACACUGUGAAUAUUGUGAUUCCAUUCCAGGGUAAACCCAGGCCGAAGGUCACGUGGAGCAAAGACAAGGAGCCUCUGAGCUCAGCGUUCGCGAGUGUGAGGAACAGCGAGACAGACACCAUCCUCUUCAUCCGCAAGACGGAGCGAAAGCACUCGGGAAGGUACGACCUCCAGGUGCAGAUCGAGAACGUAGAGGACACCGCGUGCGUCAACCUGCAGAUUGUGGAUCUCCCAGGUUCCCCUGAGGCGCUGAAGAUCGUGGACGUCUGGGGCUUCAACGUGGCCCUGGAGUGGAAGCCCCCGAAGGACAGCGGCAACUGUGAAAUCACUGGUUACACCGUGCAGAAAGCCGAGAAGAAAACCAUGGAGUGGUUCACAGUCUUUGAUCAGUACCGACGAACCCACUGUGUGGUGUCUGACCUCAUCAUGGGGAAUGAGUAUGUCUUCAGAGUCUUCGCCAUCAACCUGGUGGGACUCAGCCCGGAGCCCUGCAACUCAAAAGACGGGGUUUACAUCCAGAAAACAGGAAUCGUAUACAAGCCGCCCAACUAUAAGGACCAUGACUUCUCAGAGGCUCCCAAAUUCACUCACCCUCUGGUGAAUCGCUCCGUCAUCGCAGGAUACAACGCAACCCUCAGCUGCGCUGUGAGGGGGAUCCCAAAGCCCAAAGUGACCUGGUACAAAAACAAGAUGGACAUUACAAAUGAAGCCAAGUACCGGAUGCUCAGUAAGCAGGGAGUCCUGACGCUGGAGAUCCGAAAGCCGUGUCCGUUCGACGGGGGCGUUUACACGUGCAAAGCAGUCAACGCCAGCGGAGAGGACGUGGUGGAAUGUAAACUGGAGGUUCGCCCUCAAAUUGCUAAAGAAGAGAAGAAAGAAGAAAAGAAGCAAAAGGCUUAAGCUGCUCAUUGCAGAGAAGAUGAAGCCCACAUCUGGUUUCUGCACCACCUCCCACUACUGCCAUCAUUUGCAUCAAGUCAUCGGAACGCAGGCGACUGAAUUUACUGAGAUUGAUUUAAUCUCUGAUUUAAUGAUUUAUCAGUGUGUUUCUCAUUCAUUUGGAGGUGUAGCCAUAGGCUGUGCUUUAUAAAAAAAUGUAUGUUUAUGGUCCUGGAAGCAAGGAAAAUUUGCAUUGUUUGAUUUGUGUGCAUAAAAAUGUUUCAAAAACGCA